AUGGUUCAAAAUAACGAUCCAUCGACACCAUCACCAUUGAAAAUAGAUGAUCAUGGUACAUUUGGCUAUUCAAUUGAAGCCUCGGCACCAUUAUCUAUGGAUACAACAACUACUACUACUAUUACCCCGAAAGUUGGUGACUUUAGGGACCAAUUGACCGAAGUUAUGGAUCAGGGAUCACACGGUAUGAUAUAUAAAGUACGAUAUCCGCAAACUAACCGGUCGUAUGCCGUGAAAAUUGCUACACUUCACGCUGGUGAGGAUAGUAAUGUAUUGGAAUGGGAGAUCAAUUAUCUCAUGAGCGCCCGUUCAAAAUACGUGACCACCUAUUUUGAUCACGAAAUCAUUGGCGAUCAACUAUUUCUAUUGAUGGACAUCAGUGCCGGCAAUUUACAUCAUCUAUUGGACGCCAAACCUGGUAUAUGUCGGCGAAAACCGGGUGAUCCUAUUGGUGUACCCGAAUUUUAUCUGACCGCUUGGCUAUUCAAACUAUUGUUGGAAGCGGUCAAUCAUAUACAUAGUCUCGAACCGAAAAUCAUUCACCGGGACAUCAAACCCGAAAACAUAUUGAUUGAAGUGAACGGCUUUGGGAACAGUUAUGUCAAACUGUGCGACUUUGGUAUCGCUACCCAUCAGCCGAACAGUGAUAAGCUGAAAAACAGCACAAAUAUCGGCACCGGUCACUAUAUGGCACCCGAAGUGGCCGUUUCGGGUCGCGAUUAUGAUUAUCGGGCAGAUAUAUAUUCGGUGGCCGUUGUCAGCGCCGAAUUGUUUGAACUAUACGGCGAUAAUAACGAUAUCGAUAUACUAGCAGCUUGUGAUUCCAGUUUACUAAAACCGGGAGCCUAUUGUAGGGAACGGCUGACAAAGAUUUAUGACUGGCUGUGCCGUAUGCAUAGCACGAAUCCCGCCGACCGACCCGAUUGUCGGCAAGUGUUGGCCGAUUUUGAUAACUGGAAUUUUCCGAUGUCGAAAAUUAUGACGAUAUGGAUGGCCAACUAUAACGAUAGAUUCUGGAAACUGGUACCACCCGUAACACCCGAUCAACCUAAUGAAGACAAUGGUUAG